AUGGCAAAUGAUAAUUUCAGUUUUGUGGAAGAUCUUAGUGUGGCUAGCGACUUCUGGAACAUGAAGGCCCGGAUCAUACGUAAGUGGGAACAAACCUUCAAGGUCGACAUGGUGCUUCUCGAUGAGAGGGGAAACAAAAUACAAGCACAAUGUAAGAACCUUCUUUUGGGAGAUUUUGGCCAAUAUCUUAAAGAGGACUCCACCAUUGUUAUAAGGAGGUUCGGUGUGGCUGAGCAGCGAGAUAAGUAUCGUGUGCUUCCUCUCAAUCACAAGAUAAACUUAUUCAAGUGUUCCUCUAUUCAAACUGUAACUUCCUUCCAAGGGCAUCCCUAUGGCUUUGAUUUUGUUCCUUUUGAUCAAAUCAUUGACAACAGGGCACGCGAGAGAUUUACUAUUGAUGUAAUGGGCAGGAUUGCGUCUUGUGGUGACCUUGACAUCUUCAAGAACAAAGAGAAGGAAAGCAAAAGGAUGAACUUUGAGUUGGAGGACUUAACUGGCAAUGUUAUCAAAUGUACUCCAUGGGGAAAGUAUGCUGAGCAAUUGAACAAAUUCAUUGCCAACAACAAGUCGACCGAGAUGGUUAUUGCUAUUCUUCAACAUGCUAAAUUGAAGAGAUUUAACAGAGAGCUAACUGUUCAGAAUGACAUGUAUGGAACUAGACUUUUUCUUAAUGAAGAUAUCCAAGAAGCAAAUGACUUGAGAAGGGGGUACACUACUUUAUCCAUACCUUAUUUUUUGAAGGAAGUAAAUGAAACGUAUGGAAACACCUUUUGA